ACCGGACGGCCUCCACUCCAACGUUCUCGUCCGGCUCCAUAACCACCGGUCGAUAGAGCAGCACCGGCACGCAGCAUGGGGAGUUGCAAGGCCACCACGAGGACCGUGCUCCUGCUCCUGGCAGCAUUGCAAUGCCUCGCGCUGGCCUCUGGCGCCACGGCGAAGGCGCGGCCGCGGCAGGGCGACUACCUCAACCGCCUGCGCGGGUCGCCGUCCGCGCGCCAGUCGUUGCAGGCCGAGUCGUCGCUGGCCGCCGUGCCGACGACGACGGGCAGAGCGCCGCAGCACGCGGCGUCGUCGCCCAAGGCCCUGACGGUCGUGGGGAGCAAGGAGUCCGACCGCGUGGACCGGCUGCCGGGUCAGCCGGACGGCGUGGACUUCGCGCAGUACGCCGGGUACGUGACGGUGGACGCGGCUGCCGGGCGCGCGCUGUUCUACUACCUCGCCGAGGCCGUCGGCAACGGGUCGGCGUCCAGGCCCCUCCUCCUCUGGCUCAACGGAGGCCCCGGGUGCUCAUCGCUGGGGUACGGCGCCAUGGAGGAGCUGGGCCCGUUCCGCGUCAUGAGCGACGGCAAGACGCUGUACCGCAACCCCUACUCGUGGAACCACGCGGCGAACGUCCUGUUCCUGGAGAGCCCCGCGGGCGUGGGGUUCUCGUACUCCAACACGACGGCGGACUACAACCGGAGCGGCGACAACAAGACGGCGGAGGACGCGCUGGCGUUCCUCCUCAGCUGGAUGGAGCGGUUCCCCGAGUACAAGGGCCGCGACUUCUACAUCGCCGGCGAGAGUUACGCCGGCCACUACGUGCCGCAGCUCGCCCACGCCAUCCUCCGCCACUCCGCCGCCGCCGCCGCCGGCAAGCCCCCCUCCCCCAUCAAGUUCAAAGGCAUCAUGAUCGGGAACGCAGUGAUCAACGACUGGACGGACGACAAGGGCAUGUACGACUACUUCUGGACGCACGCGCUCAUCUCCGACGAGACGGCGGACGGCAUCAACAGGCACUGCAACUUCACCGCCGGCGCUGGGGAUUCAAACAUGCGCUGCGACGAAGCGACGGGGGAGGCCGACGAGAGCCUCUCCGACAUCGACAUCUACAACAUCUACGCGCCCAACUGCCAGUCCGACGGCCUUGUCUCGCCGCCGAUCACCCCCUCGAUCGAGAACUUUGAUCCGUGCACGGAUUAUUACGUGGAGGCCUACCUCAACGACCCGGCCGUGCAGAAGGCGCUCCACGCGAACGUCACCCGGCUCGACCACUCCUGGUCAGCCUGCAGUGAUGUCCUGGGAAGCUGGGUCGACAGCGCCACAACUGUCUUGCCUAUUAUCCAGGAGCUCCUGAAGAACAACAUCAGAGUCUGGGUGUACAGUGGAGACACUGAUGGGAGAGUGCCUGUCACUUCCAGUAGAUAUUCUGUCAACCAGCUCCAGCUCCCAGUUGCUGCUAAAUGGAGGCCAUGGUUCAGCAGCAAUCAGGGUACUGGAGAGGUGGGUGGAUACGUUGUGCAAUACAAGGGCAACCUCAGCCUCGUAACCGUGAGAGGAGCAGGCCAUGAGGUCCCCAGCUACCAGCCACAGCGAGCGCUUGUGCUUGUUCAGAGUUUCCUCGCUGGCAAAAAGCUCCCUGAUUGCAAAAAAUGUGAACAGGUUUAGCAAAAGAAUCAUAUCUAAAGUACAUAUGCUACACCAGCAACAUCACAAGUUGUAUCCAUUUCAUUCAGUAUGAAAAACGAAAGCAAAGGCAAAUGAGGUUAGAAAAUAGAAACAUACGCACCUCGCAGAUCAUGUAACUGCAGGUCUGCAAAGACAGUUAUAUAGUCAUAUAGAGAAAACUCUGUACGAAUGAAGAUGAAAUAUGAAAUCUGAAGAGUGAUCCCCAGAAAGGUAUGCUGCAAAACUGGUGCGUCCAUGUAUUACAGAUAUCAAUCAGGACAAUGAAAUUUACGGAAUUUAUUUGCUGGUACUAAAA